ACGUCCCCUUCCCUCCUCCUCUCUGCGUGCAAUAUAUAUGUACAUAUAUAUAAUUAACAAGACAAUACAAAAAAGAAAAACGAGAAGAGCAAGAAAACACAGUGCUUCUAUCUGUCCCCCUCUCCUCUCCUCUCUCUCUCUCUCUCUCUCUAUUGUUUCUUGUCUUAGCUAAUUUAGAGAGAGAGAGGGAUUGAUGUGUGUGUAUAUAUAUAUUGAGCUUUUGGGGUUGGGAGAAUUAAGCUGCAGCAGCCAUUGCAUUUUCAAGCUUCAAGCUUCAAGCUCCAUAACAUAUACAUAUAUUAUGCACCAAGCCAGGACUAAGUAGAGUUCCAUCAUCUGCAGAGUCUUGGACUUCCAAUGGUGAAGAACUGACGAGUUAGAGACGGUGAUCUGUCCUCUCUGCAGAUGCGGAGGGUGUGAAGGGGGCGGCCCGCCAUGAUGAGCGCUCGAGUCGGGGAUUUGGAGAGCAACAGCGCGAGAUUCGGGAAUAGUGGCAAUGCGGUGAGGCUGAAGGAGGAGCAGACAUGGUGCAGCCAGUUCAGGAACGGGUCGAACCCGUGGAUGGCCCGGUACGUCUACGGGCUCAUGUUUCUUGCCGCUAAUCUGCUCGCUUGGUUUGCCCGAGAUUACGGGCGCGGGGCCAUGACUGAGAUCAACAGAUUAAAAGGAUGCCAAGGAACGAAAGAUUGUUUAGGUACAGAAGGAGUUCUGCGCGUAAGCUUGGGAUGCUUCACAUUCUAUAUGAUAAUGUUCUUGACGACGGUUGGUAACUCAAAGUUGCAUAACCGGAGAGAUUCUUGGCAUUCUGGAUGGUGGACAGCUAAGAUCAUCCUGUUGAUCGGGUUGAUGAUCAUUCCCUUUCUCAUCCCGGCUCCUUUUAUUCAGCUCUAUGGGGAGAUUGCACAUUUUGGAGCCGGGGUCUUUCUCCUAAUUCAGCUCAUAAGUAUAAUUAGCUUCAUCACGUGGCUGAACGACUGUUGUCAAUCAGAUGAAAAUGCAGAAAGAUGCCACGUACAUGCCAUGUUAGUCGCAACGACGGCAUACGUUGUUUGUAUUAUCGGGGUCAUUAUGAUGUACAUUUGGUAUGCUCCCGACGCGUCUUGUCUGCUCAACAUUUUCUUCAUCACGUGGACACUUGUUCUACUCCAGCUCAUGACCAGCGUCUCUCUUCACCCCAAAGUUAAUGCAGGUUACCUAACUCCCGGUCUCAUGGGGCUUUACAUCGUGUUUAUCUGCUGGUGUGCCAUUAGAAGCGAACCUGCAGGAGAAAGUUGCAAUAGGAAAGCCGAAGCUUCCAACAGAACAGACUGGCUUACUAUCAUAAGUUUUGUGGUUGCACUGCUUGCAAUGGUUAUAGCCACAUUUUCGACGGGCAUCGACUCCCAAUGCUUUCAGUUCAGGAAAAAGGAUAAACGAGAACCGGAUGAUGUUCCUUACGGCUAUGGCUUCUUUCACUUCGUCUUUGCCACGGGAGCAAUGUACUUCGCCAUGCUUCUGAUUGGUUGGAACACCCAUCAUCCCAUGAAAAAGUGGACUAUUGAUGUGGGUUGGACGAGUACGUGGGUCCGCAUAGUGAACGAAUGGGUAGCAGUCUGUGUAUACUUGUGGAUGCUCGUGGCGCCGCUUGUGUGGAAAUGCAGACAAGCGGGCAAUGCAUCAUGAGAGCUUGUCAAAGAACGUAUCAAGUUCUGCUUCUGUGGUUUCGCCAUUCUUCCACCUCUCAAACUCGAGAAGAAGGUCGAGAGAGGGACGAGAAGGAGGGAAUGUAGUUCAGAGGACAAGAAGGCAGAGAAUUACAGAAAGGAAUUAAAGAGAUUGCAUUCAUUUGAUUUCUCCCAGAAAAAAACGAGACAAUUUACAAAACGACUGCUGAAUUUUUGGAACUCUUAUUGCUGAAGAAAGCCCAUUUGCCCAUUUGCAGUGAGUAAAAUCCUAUAUUGUAUUAACACAUAUGGUAAAAUAUCAAAAACAUAUACAUAUAUCUACAUAUAAUCCUCAUUUUGAUCUCUGGUAGGUUUCACAAUGUUUUUACUUCAGCAUCUGUUUGAAUUUGGUGGCCUGAAAUUGGCAUUUUGUAAUGGAUGUAAAUAACAGUUCUUUCAUCAUAGUUAUUUAAUGUCAUCGAGCUAUUCUGAUA